AUGGACUACAUAAGUAGGAUUCGUCAGCGUCUCACCCUUCAUAAAAGACACAUACCUUCACCGGCGGUCCUAUUUGCCACAAAGCUCUCGCCGGGACGACUUCUGGGUCAGCAAGCCGAGCGCUGGGCCGGGAUCACCGUGCUUGCGCUCAUAUUGCAGCUCCAGGUAUUCCUGUGGCGGGCCCGCGUCGUUGUCAUCGCCGAAGAGAUAGGCAAUGUCGACGACAAGGGCUUCGGCGCCUUUCUUACGCCAGUCCCACUCCUCGCGCGGCGCACCCUAUCACUAUUCGCCUACUGGGCCUUCCUAUCGACUUAUGGCGUGUUCUUCGCAGCUGCAAACAAAGUCUAUAAAAUAGUUGCACUUGUGUUAGGCAGCAUCCUAGGCACAAUCGUUCUAUUACCAUUAUUCGCCUUGAUUCUAGUGGCAGCUUUUCUAUUAUAA